AUGGCGGAGCUCACUGGACGCGGUCAUGAACUGUUUACGGAGGAGCGAGCUGUGGCCCCUCAGUGCAUCUCUGACGCUGGAGAUCCUGUAGGUGAAAGUUUCCUGAAGGAAAAGACUCAGAGCUGGAGGCCAUUCUCUGCCGGGGUCCAGAAAGGCAGCGGACAGAUCCAGCUGUGGCAGUUCCUCCUAGAGCUCCUGUCUGACCACUCCAAUGCCAACUGCAUCGCCUGGGAAGGCACCAAUGGAGAAUUCAAGCUGACUGAUCCAGAUGAGGUUGCCAGACGCUGGGGGGAGAGGAAAAGCAAACCAAACAUGAACUAUGACAAGCUGAGCCGAGCCCUGCGCUACUACUACGACAAGAACAUCAUGGCCAAGGUCCAUGGCAAGAGAUAUGCCUAUAAGUUUGACUUCCAUGGCUUGGCACAGGUGUGCCAGUCUGCACCCAGCACUGAACAGUCUCUCUACAAGUUCCAGAGCAAUCUGCCACACUUACCCUUCCCUGGCCUCUCCAAGCUGAACCUCAUGACUUCUGGGGUCUCACCAGCUGGAUUCUCAUACUGGCCUGGCACCCCCUCAGCUCUGUACCCCAGUCACAGCCUGCAGCCUGCCCCUGGCGGGUUUGGCACAAUGUCCACCUCUCACCUUAGCUCCAUGAACAGUGUGGGCAACAUGAGUGUGCAUUACCAUUAACUCCCUGUUUGCCAGAUACUGGUGAGGAUCGGGCCAUCGUCCAAAAUCUUUCAAAAUAAGUGCACAGGUCACCAGUCAGUCAUGUUAAGUCAAUCACUUGUGGAAAGCCCAAUAACAGCAGCUAUGUGAAUAUGAUUGACGUGCAUCUGUCAGAUCUCUGUUUGAGGGCAAGAUGGGAUAGAGGGGGAUGGGUUGAGCUCAUGGAUACAUCACUUUCUAUUAGUAUGUUCAUGUAAAAAGCUGUUAACUGCUGCCAGGACUCACAGAUAAAGCCUAUGAGAACCUGUUAGAGAAGCAAGACUCACAGGCUUUAUCUAUGAGUAGACAGGAGAAGGACUCACAGGCUUUCUCUAUGAGUAGACAGGAGAACAAGGACUCACAGGCUUUCUCUAUGAAGAGGCAGGAGAAGC